AUGCCAAAAAGUCAUUCAACGUUAGUAGUUCAAACAACUAUUAUUUCUUCGUCAUGCGGUUGUCCACAUCGUGCUUGUCGUUCUCAAACGUGUUCAAGAUUACGCGAAAAAGUUAUUAAUCGAAUGAUGAAACAUGAUUCUCUUGAUUGUAACAACAAAGAUAGUGAUCAAAAGAAAGCGAAACAAAAUGAUGAAACAACAGAAACAACACAUAGUAGUUUGAUUAAAUUUACUCAUAAAAAGGUUGAUUAUGUUUUAAAUAAUUUAUUUGCAGCCGACAAUGAAAUACAUAAUUUAGAAGAUAGAUCAGUAUCAUACGAACAACCAAUAGCUCGUUUUGUUAUAUUAUGUAAACAUGAAACAUUUCGCGCAGAAAUGCAAGAGAAUUUAAAAACACAUAAAUAUUUCAUUUAUCGUAAUGGUUUAAAAACACAGUUACAAUCUCGUCAGAUAUGUUUAAAUUCAAAUUUUAGUGAAGAUAUUUUACAACAUAAUGUUGAACGUCUUAAACAAGCAACAGUAAUUAAAAUAAAUGAAAUGAAAAUAAACACGGUGCAUAAAAACUCUGUUCUAUACUGUCGAAUAGUUGCUAAUCCAGUUUUUACACAACGUGCUGUUUAUACCGUAAUUGAAGAUCAAAAUGGUGACUGUCUAAGAUUAGCUCUCUACAAUUGGCCUUAUAUAAUGAGUACAAAACAAAUAAAAAAGAUAGAAUAUAUUAUGAAAUGUAUUAAUUCAUUAUUAUCAAUGGAUACAAAUCUAAUUUUACUUGAUCCAUGGUUGAAAGUGUCUAUUGAUCGUAGUUUUUCAUUGAGAUGCGAUUCAAAUGUGAAUAUAGUAAUGAUCGAUUAUCUUGAUAAAUGUUUGAAUAUUAAUUCGAUAAAUGAAGCAAAAAAAUUAGGCAAUGAUGCUUAUUCUGUCGAUGAUAAUUUGAGAGCCAUAGAUUAUUAUUCAUUUGGAUUAGAAAUGAUCAAAUCAAGAAAAACAAAUUUGUCAAUAAUGAUAAUGGUUGAACAAAUGAAACAAAUGUUUCAAGAACAUUUUCCAUUCAAAUCUGUACAAUCACCUACAUUAAAGUCUGUUGUUCAAUUUGAUGACAAAGAUGAAGUUCGUUUACUAUCAAAUCGUUCUAUAUGUUAUUUAAAUGAACAUCAUUAUGAUUUAGUAACGAAAGAUUGUCUUGAUGCAUUGAAACGUUAUCGUGGUAGUGGAAUUGUUGAAUCAACAUUAACUCAAACCGAGUUUCAAAUCGAUGACAUAUUUGCCAAAUGUUUAUAUCGUUUAAUAUGUUCAUUAAUAUGUCUAAAUUCAUUAAAUCAAGCUGAAAUAAUUUUGAAAAAAUGGAAAUAUAUUUUGAAACCAGAAUCAUUAAAUAUUUACAAUCAACGUUUUGAAAUUAUUGAACAUGAAUUAAUACGUUUAAAAGAAGAACUUAAGGGUAAUUAUAAUUUAGAAAAUAUUUUUCAACAGUCCAAUAAUUUGUUAAUAAAUACGAAUGAAAAACGUCAACAAACAUCAGUAUUCUAUAUUGAACAUAUUCAUGCACAAUUUCAACGACAUGAUUAUUUUGAAAUUCGUCCAUGUACACAAGAUGAAAUUGUUAAAAAUGGCUAUGAUAAAUAUUCGUAUGGUGUUUAUGCGAAAAGAAAUAUUGAACCUGGAACAUUGUUAUUAGUUGAACAAGCCUUUUCCUCGGUGGAUGUUUAUUCAUUAAAAUACUAUUUAGAUAAUGAAAUAUCAUUGAGUUUGAAUAUAAUUGAAACUAGUAAACAACAAACAUCAUCAUCAUCAAUUUCAUGGAAUAAUGAUAAACAUGUACAUAUCUACAGUGAUCAAACAAUUCGUUUAAUCAAUGAAAUUGAAAAACAUUUAUUAAUAUCACGAACAAAUUCAACAUUUAAUAAAAUAAAAUUAAUUCAACCAAUUCGAAAAUAUUUACAAAAAUUGAAAGAAGACAGUCAAGAAAAUGAAACUAAUGAUAAUUCAACUAUUUUACAAGAAAAAGAGAGUCUUGAUGAUAGUCCAACAACAACUUGUUCAAAUCCUCUUUAUAUUCCAUGGAAGUUAAUAUUCGAAGCUCAAGAACGUAAUCCAUUUAAAACAAAAAAUAUAAUUGGUUGGUGGCCAACAGCACAAAUGAUUAAUCAUUCAUGUUUACCCAAUUGUAUAUGGUUUAUUGUUGAUUGUUAUUUAUUUAUUUAUGUUUGUUCAACAGGAGUUAAACAAGGUGAAGAAUUAAAAAUAAAUUAUGGUCAGUUAUGGGAUACAUCUUAUACAAAUCGUUCUUAUCAGUUAAGACAAUUUGGUAUCAAAGAGUGUCAAUGUUCUCUAUGUAUUUAUGAUCGAACUAAUUUAAAUGAAAUACAAAAUGAAUUAAAAAAGUUUAAUAAUUAUCGUACACUAUGUCUUCAACAAAAUAUUUCAAAUCAAAAACGUUUUCAAUAUUAUAAAUGUUUAAAAGAAAUAUAUGUAAAAAUGUGUGAAAAAUUUCAUCAACGACCUAUAGGAUUUGUUAAUGAGAUUGUUUUAUUACAACAGAUAACAAAUCUGUUAGAAAUUGAAGAUGAAAAUGAUGGUGAAAUAUAUAAAUAUGUAAGAACAGAAUGGAAUGAACAAUUGCAAUAUUUAUUAAAAGAAACUCGUUAUAAAGAGUCGAAACGUAAUCCGUUGUAUUUUUAUGGAUUACAUACAAAAUUCUUAUGUCAUUAUUAUAAUUUAUUCAAUACUGAUCUAAGUCUCAAUGAAUCACAACGAUGGCUAAAAACAAUUGAACGUUUAACCUCUGUUUAUACAUUUAAAUCAUCGUCAAGUCAAAAACUGACUGCUGUACAAUUAAAUGAUAAAUAUAUGGAUUAUUUAAUAUCGACACAGACAUGUUUCAUAACGAAAAAUCGAAAUGGUUAUCGUAGUUUAACAUGUACAUGUGACAAUGGACAUAUUCGAUGUGGAGAAUGUAGUAAAAAGAAAAAUGAAAAAGAUGAGAAUUGUGACAUCUAG